ACUAGUGUUUACUCUGGUGAGUUUAUAAGCGGGUUAUUGCUGAUAGUUUCACAGCUGGGGUGAAGAUCGACCUGAUCUUACAUUCAGAGAUUUUUACAGUCUGGAUCUGCAGGAGUGCGGUAAGACACUGCCAGUGUUCCCAUCAUGACUCUACGCCUGACAUGUGUGGCCCUUCUGGUGGUAGUUGCUCACCUGGAGCUCACUGAUGCUGCGGUCCGUGUGUGGGGCAUGAGAGCCUCCCGUCUGGAAGGAGACCCCACAGGACCCCCCGACCCGUACCUUAAAGUCUGGUGCGGUUCUUCAUUCGCCGGCAUGACCCAGUUCUACAGGGACACGUCCUCACCAUCCUGGAACGCAGAGUUCAACAUCCCAAGCUGCAGAGCCAAUGACAACCUGAAACUGGAGGUGUGGGACAAAGACCUCAACGUAGACGAUCACCUGGGCACCUGUAUCACACAGGUGCGGUACGGCUCUAACAACAACAAGUCCUGCCGUGUGGGGAAAGGCACUCUGACCUACAACUACAAACUGUCAUGAGCAUCCCAAUAAAUUCAGGGUCUUAUUAACUAAGAGUUAAAGCGACCGUCUGUGAGUUUGGGGGAUUUGGAGCCCUCUCUGGUGAGAAUGUGUAGUUGCACAGAGAAGAGUUCAUGCAUAUCAAUAAAAAUAAAUUGUUAUUAAAU